AUGCUCCCGCCACCCCCGCGCCAGCCACCGCCCCAGGCGAGUUCGGCCCGUGGCGCAGUGCGCUUGCACCGGCCCUUCCUGCGAAGCCUGCUGGGCGUGCUGCGGCUGCUGCAACUGCUGGCUGGUGCCGCCUUCUGGAUCACUAUCGCCACAAGCAGGUACCAAGGCCCCGUGCACUUUGCACUCUUCGUGUCCGUGUUCUUCUGGCUGCUGACCCUGGCCCUCUACUUCCUCACGCUGCUAGGCAAGUACGAACUAGUGCCCUUUCUUGGAGCACACUGGCUCGUGGUCAACGUGGCGCACGACCUGCUGGCGGCCGCGUUGUACGGCGCCGCGACGGGCAUCAUGAUCGACCAGACACAGCGCCACAGUUACUGCAACAUCAAGGAUUACUCACUGCCCUGCGCCUACCAUGCCUUCCUGGCGGCCGCGGUGUGCGGCGGCCUCUGCCUUGGCCUCUACUUGCUCUCGGCAUUCUACGAAUGUUGCCGCCGCCAUCAGGGGGAGCAGGAGGUGGUCUGA